AUGUUGAGAACAUUUACUAGAGGAGUUAAAACUUAUGCCCCAUCGUAUCUCAAACUCCAGGUUGGUCAGAUCCAAUUAUGUAAAAGACAUGACGAUUCCGAUAAAUUAUAUGUCUCUCAAGUUGAAAUAGGAAAUGACACGACAAUUCAAGUCUGCUCUGGCUUAGUUCCAUACAUUCCUAUUGAUCAAAUGCAAAAUAGAAAAGUUGUGGUAGUUACUAAUAUGAGGACAAGAAAACUACGUGGGGAAAAGUCCAUGGGAAUGAUUCUUGCAGCUGAGAAGGAGAUGAACGAGCAAUUGAAUGUUGAGCCUGUAAUACCGCCAACUACAUCAAUAAUUGGUGAACGAUUGCAUUUUGGAAUUGCAGAUAAUUUUGAACCUCCUAAAUUGAAGGACAAGGUUUGGGAGUAUAUUCAACCACGGUUGAAAACAACUGCAGACAAAAAAGUGGUUUUUGUCGAUGAAGAGGACAAUGAGUUGGUGUUACGAGGUAGCGACUCGUCAGAUGCAGCACACGUUCAAUCACUAGAUGGGGCUAAAAUACUUUAA